UCUGGAGGUGUGUAUAACUCGACUGUCUGAACCUGCAGAGGAGAGUAAGACUGACACGGAUGGUCCCAUUGAUUAAAUUAAUUAAAGAUAGACACAAAUACGAAAGGUUAGAGAAAAUGAUGAACAUCCAUUAAACAGCGUAUUUGGUAUAUGAUUUAUUUAACUUUUUAAGAAUCUAAACUUCCCCCUGACCUGAAAUCAGUGUCCCUGUGUCUCCUCCCUCCUUCACCACCUCGACCUUAUCUCCAGCCCGUGCCUGUCUCCUCCUCAGUGACAUAAUUAUCAGCUCCUCUGCAGGAGGUGGCGAGGGUUCAAACAAACGUCGAGCGUCCUUUACGGCCAAACAAAUCCGCCGAGGAAACCACCGUCCACCAUGAUUCCGACUCGUCUGCUGCUGCUGUUCCUUAUUGCGUCGUUGUUCUGCGUGGUCGUGAGUGAACUUGCACAGGUUGAUGACAUGCAGAACCAGGAGCGGUACUUUCUCAGAUCGCUCGGUCUCUCCGGGAGGCCUCGACCCCCGGGAGGCCUGCAGGACCGACGCCAUGUCCCCUCUGCACUGUGGAGGAUGUUACGGAGGUCAGAGAACGUCCAGAACCAGGAGAGUGACCCGUGUACGGUGUCGGAGUAUGGAGUCAAAGGAAACAUCAUCAGAUAUGUGCAAGACCAAGGCAGACUUGUGUCUGGGUGGAGCAGCAUCUGUCAGGUCUGUGUGGAGAAGCAGCUUUUCUUCAACAUGUCUGUCCUGCAGCCUGUGGAGCUGCUGUCUCUGGCUCAGCUGGAAGUCAAGUUCCACUGGAAGCCCUUCAGGCCAGCGGAGCUCCUGCAGGGGCCCCGGGCCCUCAGCAUGUCUCUGUACAAGGUUUUACGAGCCACGCUAAAGGGAGCCGAUCCGCGGGCCAAUCGCAGGCUGCUCAUGUCCCAGUCCGUCCAGCUGCAGCCUGAGCCCACCUCCGUCACCAUCGACCUCACCUCGCUGGCUGAGAACUGGAGGAAACCUGGACGCAACUACGGACUGGUUUUGGAGCUACUUCCUGUCAACGAUGAGCCAGAAGAUCUGCUUCCUUUCCACCCAGGAAACUCCCUCCCAGUGGAAGCGGCUUUCCCUCUGCCCCUGAUCCAGGCCUCACUGGUGGCCGUGUCUCUCAACCCGCACCAGUGUCGCUCCAGACAGAGAAGGAGUGCCGUCCACCUCCCUGUGACGCCCAGUAAUGUCUGCAAAGCCCGACGCCUGUACAUUGACUUCAAAGACGUGGGCUGGCAGGACUGGAUCAUCGCUCCUCAGGGCUACAUGGCCAACUACUGCCACGGAGAGUGUCCGUUUCCACUCAGCGAGAGCCUGAACGGCACCAAUCAUGCCAUCCUGCAGACCCUGGUCCAUUCCCUGGACCCCCACAGCACCCCCCAGCCCUGCUGCGUCCCCAUCCGACUCUCGCCCAUUUCAAUGCUCUACUAUGACAACAAUGACAACGUGGUGCUGCGACAUUACCAGGACAUGGUGGUUGAUGAGUGUGGAUGUCGAUAAGUGUCUGGAUCAGCAGAGAUCAUGUGUCUGUGUGUGUGUGUGUGUGUGUGU